GUUCUGCAGAACAAAACCCUCAACAAGCAAUGUGAAAUUGUGGACAAUAUCACCCAACUGCAGAAAACACUGGAAAUCUGCCACCAGCAAAGAGAUGAUCUCCAAGCAAAGAACACAAACCUCACAAAUAUUGUGAACAUGAAAGGAGAUAAAUAUAGACCUUGCCCAGAGAGCUGGAUACAGCAUGGAGAGAAGUGUUACCAUUUUUCGAAGGAAAUGAAAACAUGGCACAAGAGUAAAGAAUACUGCUCUUCUUGGGGAUCCCUACUGCCUAAAAUAGAGAACAAGGAAGAGCUGGAUUUCAUAAAGUCUCAGGCCUCAUUUCACUGGAUUGGAUUAUCCCGUACGGCAAUGGGUCAUGGCUGGGUGUGGCAGGAUGGCACAGCCCACUCCACUGACCUUUUUCCAGUAAAGAUACAAGAGCCUGGAGAAAAAUGUGCACUUUUCAAAGCUGGAGAAGCCUUCUCCCAUAACUGUACAGGCCAAUAUCGCUAUAUUUGUGAAAAGAGGGCUACUCAGAAAAAGGCUACUGAACGGGCACAAGGAAGAUUACAGUAUCCAUGGCAAUCAUAACCGACGACAUUCCAAAGGGAAAGAUAAUUCACCCCUUGAGCUUGCAGAGUUGUCAUUUUCAGUGAGGAGCAGCAACUUCUGAUGAUAAACCAUGUCCCUUUCAGAAAUUUCCACAGCCAACCAAAACACUCCUACCAUGCAUGCGGAUUUAUCAAACAUGGCUGGAAAUGGCAGAGUUUAUUUUAAAGAUCAAUUAGUUCACCAUGAAGAUAAGAAACUGGGUUUAUUUUUAUUUUAUUGCAUCCCAUACUCCUUAUGUCAUAAAGUUCUGCAUUUCUAAUUC